UAGUAUUGCGUAAGUUAACACGAGUGGGAUCUGGAAAUUUUCAAAGGCUCGCACGGGGUGUACAUUUUUCCAUUUUUCGGUGCGUUAAACGUCCUCGUUGUUUUCGAUGUGGUGUUGUGCGUAAUUCGUCGGUCAAAGUAGGCAGAAAUCGACCUGUGCCUUUAUUCGAGGCAUGUCUUCACACUCGCAGCUACCGGUCGUGUUUAUGUUAGAAAAUAAAUAAAUGGGCGUGACGUUUGAUCAGCUGAACUUGGCGUUUUCCGCGACCGUGUGGUGUAUUAAAGAUGGUUAUUAGAAUAUUGUUCGGAACUAUGAAGGUCGUAAUAAGAAAAUUAAGUAGAAUUAAUGUGAUUUGAGAUGAAACGCUUGAGGGUGGACGAGACCACUAAAGAAGGAAGCGGCGGGUCCCCGUUGCCGGGCGGAUUGUUCCGGCAGUCUCUUCCGAACGCGGCACCGUCGUUGGGCUUUCCCGGCAACGGCGGAGGCGGUGCGGGUGGAACGGUCAAAGUGUUAAGUGAAGGCAUGCAGUCGGGACUUUAUACGACGGCAGCGCCGGUCAGUUACAGUGCUAUGCCGGUGGCCGCGGCCCCGCAUUCCGCGAAACCGCAGUCGAUGCCGCUCUCGGCGAAUAGUCACAACGCGAUGCGCAGCAUCGGGGCUUCACCUCCGAGCGCCAACCUGCAGGAGUCGCCGCAGCAGCAGCAGCAGCAGCAGUCGCCGAGCAGUUUCCAGAGGUUGAAGGUCGAGGACGCCCUCUCCUACCUCGAUCUCGUCAAGUUCAAGUUCGGUUCGAAGCCCCAAGUGUACAACGACUUCCUGGACAUCAUGAAAGAGUUCAAGAGUCAGAGUAUCGACACGCCGGGCGUCAUUCAACGGGUGUCGAACCUGUUCAAAGGGUUCCCCGAUCUGAUCGUCGGUUUCAACACGUUCCUGCCGCCCGGCUACAAGAUCGAGGUGCAGAAAAGCGACCAGGGCGGUUACGCGUUCUCGGUGUCGGUCAGUAUGCCCAGCCCGACGGGCACGGUGUCGUCGGAUCCGCAAAAAUCGGCGAUGAUAUUGAGCGGCACCGGGAGGAUCAAUAUGUCCGCCCCCGGUCAGCCGGUCGGUCAACCGACACCGCCCCAACCGAUGCCGCUGACGCAGCAACAGCAGCACGUCGCGCCCGCGACGCCCCAGAUCGUCCCGGCGGCGCCCCAGGUCGUCCAGCACUCGUCCGGUUUCGGAUUGCCCGCCCCCAAUUACAAUCUGUCCCUGACCGCCGCGCAGGCGGCCGUAAAUCACGCCCUCCAAGGCCAUACCGACACACCCCAGAAUCAGCCCGUCGAGUUUAACCACGCCAUUAAUUACGUCAACAAAAUAAAGAAUCGCUUUCAAGGCCAGCCGGAAAAGUACAAGAGGUUCCUCGAGAUCCUGCACACGUACCAGAAGGAACAGCGCACGCUGAAAGAAUCGAGCAUCGGUUCGAGCGGCAAACACCUGACGGAACAGGAGGUUUAUAGUCAGGUAGCGAAGCUGUUCGAGAAUCAGAGCGAUCUGCUCGCCGAGUUCGGUCAAUUUCUCCCGGACGCCACCAGCCAUAUUAAUCAGGCACCCGUUUCCGAGCACUCCAAUUCGCUCAACAAAAAGUCGCUCGGCAAACCCUACCACAGGGAUCACAUGCCCGACCGUCACGUGUCUCACAAAUCCGGUCACGUGUCGGGACCGGUCAAACGCUCGCCUCCCUACUCCAACUACCACCAUCGGGACGCCCCGCCCCCCAAGAAACACAAGAUGGCGUCGUCGUGUCGCGACGUCAGCCUGAGCGAGGCCGGGAAGUACGGGACUUUGAACGAUUACGCGUUUUUCGACAAAGUGCGCAAGGCGGUGCGUUCUCACGAAGUGUACAACAAUUUCCUAAGAUGCCUGAUCCUGUUUAACCAGGAGAUCGUCUCCAAGAGCGAGCUCAUUCAAAUCGUCACCCCGUUCUUGGGCAAAUUUCCGGAACUGUUGCGAUGGUUCCGGGAAUUCAUGGGCCAAAACGAUACGGAACCGAUCCCGUACAACGUGACGCGAACGGAACGCCCUCAGGGCGACCACGCCCUCGAAAUCGAUCUGGCCACUGCCAAACGUUUGGGCGCUAGCUACUGCAUCAUUCCCAAAGCGCAGGAGGGUCAGAAAUGUUCGGGUCGUACGCAGCUCUGCAAAGAGGUGCUGAACGACCAGUGGGUCUCGUUUCCGACGUGGUCCGAGGACAGUACGUUUGUCAGCUCGCGAAAGACCCAAUAUGAGGAGUAUAUGUAUAGGUGCGAGGACGAGAGGUUCGAACUGGACGUGGUUAUCGAGACUAACGCGUCUACGAUAAGGGUCCUCGAGUCCGUCAAUAAGAAGUUGAGCAGGAUGAGCACGGACGAGGUUGCCAAAUUCAAAUUGGACGACUGUUUGGGCGGUACGUCACCGACGUUGCACCAGAGGGCGCUGAAACGCAUCUACGGCGACAAGGCGCCCGAGAUUAUCGAGGGUUUGAAACGUAACCCGUCGGUGGCGGUGCCGGUCGUCCUCAAACGUUUGAAAGCGAAAGAAGACGAAUGGCGGGAGGCGCAGAAAGGUUUCAACAAGAUCUGGCGCGAGCAAAACGAAAAGUAUUACUUGAAGAGCCUCGACCAUCAGGGUAUCAAUUUCAAACAGACCGACGUGAAAGCGAUAAGGACGAAGAGUCUCUUCAACGACAUCGAGACGAUUUUCGACGAGCGGCACGAACAAAACGAAGAAGGAUCUGAGCCCGUCGUCGGACCCCAUCUCGUCUUGCCUUAUCGCGACAAAACGAUACUGGACGACGCUUCGAAUUUGCUGAUUCACCUCGCGAAACGUCAAGCCGGCAUCCAGAAGGGCGAGAAGAGGAAGAUCAAGCACGUGCUGAAGCAGUUCCUGCCCGAUUUGUUCUUCCACCCGCGGCAGCCGCUCACCGACGACGAAAGGGAAGAAGACGACGACAAAGAAGAAUCUGAGAAUAGCCCGCGCGGUUCGCCGAAAGGCGACAACGACAAGGGGAAAAGCGGAUCCGCCAGUCCCGGAAAAUCGCCCAACCGGACCGAUGGAGACGGUGCGCCCGAAGUGAAAACCGAAUCCGAAGUGAAGGAGGAAGAGGUUAAGGUACCUCUGCACGCGCAAACUUCCGAUCCGGACGAGGCGUACACGUUAUUUAUAACGAACAACAAUUGGUACAUCUUCCUGAGGCUGCACCAGAUCUUGUGCGAACGCCUGGCGAAAAUUUACGAGAGAGCUUUAGCGAUCGCGACCGAGGAGGAACGGUCGCGGACCAAUCGCAAGGAGAGUACCGCGAUAGCGUUGAGAUUAAAGCCAAAGCCGCAGAUUGAGGUAGAGGAUUACUACCCGGCUUUCCUCGACAUGGUAAAAAAUCUCCUCGACGGUAAUAUGGAGGCGAACACUUACGAGGAUACUUUAAGGGAGAUGUUUGGCAUUCACGCUUACAUUGCUUUCACUUUGGAUAAGGUGGUGUCGUACGCCGUAAGGCAGCUGCAGCAUUGCAUCGCGGAAAGGACCGCGAUCGCUUGUACCGAACUGUUCCUGAAGGAACAGAAGCGGGGCGCGGCGGGCGGGCCCUGCCUCACCGCCCACAAAAGGGCCCACCUGGAAUUCGCAUACCAGAGGGCCGCGGAGAGGGCCGUCCAAGAGGAGAACUGCUUCAAGAUAUUUAUUUAUAAGCGCGAUACGAAAAUGACGAUCGAACUGCUCGACACUGAGCCGGAGGACUCCAAGAAGGUGGAAGACGCCAACAAAUGGAACAGCUAUAAGGAAUGUUACGCGGACAUCAAUCAUUCGGAACACGGGAAGCUACGCUCUCCCGUCUACCUCAAUCGUAACCUAAGGUUGUAUAAGCUCAAAGCGGGUAACAACAACGGCGUGGUGAUCAGCGAUCGUUCGGCUUCGGAAGCGCAGCAGGAGGAUUUGGGCAAAGGGACGCCGCAGGAGACGACGAGGAACGAUGGCAAAAACGCCGUCAGGCAGGAGGAGGCGGACAACAAUUUCGACAUUCUCGAAGCGCUGGAACGGAAACUGAACGAGAGGAACCCGCCCGAACGUCUGCAGACCGAUCAUCCCGGUUACAAAGCGUUGGACGAUCAGCAGUGCAAAUUCAAUCUGCACGAUUCGAAGAUAACGUUCACUUUGGCGAAGGAUUGUUACCUGUACAAAAAUAGUGCCUUCCUUAGAGCUAAACGGUGUCAUCCGAGCGUGACGAAGCGGAAAUCGGUGAAGUUCCGAUGCUGGCUGAAAAAGUGGGCGGGUUCGAACGUAAGUGAGGUGCAAUUCAAGCAGUGUACCGACUGGUUGAUGGGCAGAGGUGAAGGUGUUGUGCCUAACAGGACGCGGGUGCUAACGGACAAUGAUCUCUCGCGGACACCUUACGUCCCAUAUAAUCGGUAUCGGGUGGAGAGGUUAACAGAUAGCGGCUGCGCAUAAACUUUGACGAC